AUGACUGCGCAGGCGGAGGACGUCUUCGAGGACUUUGCCGGCCUGCCCAUUUUGCAAAGGUCCAUCGAACAGGGUCACGUGGCACUGUUGCGAGCCUCCUGGCUCCACGGGCGUUCCCUUGCUGACCCGGUGAACCCCCUUCCUCGGCGCCAGUCCCUACCACCGGAGGCCUUCUGGAAUGAUUUUGGCAGCUUGACCGGCAACGUACCUUCCAGACUGAUCGUCGUGUCACACUUCUGGCCCGACGGGGAGCAUGCCGAUCCUGACUGCCGGAUGCAGGAGCUUCUUGCCAAGAUGGUGGAGAAGCAUCGCCAACGACUAUCACUUGAGCACGAGCAUGACAUGGAAUUCGCAGUAUUUCUGGACUGGUGCAGCCUAUACCAGCAUCCCCGAACACCUGAUCAAGAAGCCGUGUACCAGCGAAGCCUGCAGGACAUGAGCGCAUGGUAUGCAUCACCAAGCACCACCAAAUGGUUCAUGCCCAGCUCGAGCUCUCCACAUGUGUGGCCCUGCCUUCAGCGAAUGCUUGCAAACCUCGGGUGCUCCGAGUCUCUUAUGGUGGAAGCUAGUGAAGCCAUAGAGUCCUCGUUUCCGCGUCCGCCGCCAUCUGGAUGCCGUGGAAGCCCUCCUGCUACUCCCAGUGCUUUCAACCUGCUGAUCGAAAGCAAAGCCUUCGAACAUUCACACAUGGUGGCCCUGUCGCAAAGGCUCUACCACAAGGCCUUCACGUCAAUCCUUGGCUUGCAAGAGUGGCUGGACUUCUCAAGCCGUGGUUGGGAUGACUUUAACGCGCUGCGGCUUGCCGAGGUGCUCGUUCACAGCCAGCAUCUUGUGAAGCUGGUUUUAGCAGACAACAAGAUCACCGAUGUCGGCAUGGAAGCCAUAGCAACGCACUUGCCCGGCACGCUGCAAAUCCUGGACAUUUCUCACAACAUCAUUGGUGAUGCAGGGGCCACUUGCUUGGCCAAUGCCCUUUGCAAUCUCCCUGAGCUUCGGCAGCUCUACAUCAGUGGAAACAGCUUUGGAGAGCUCGGCUUUUCUGCCUUGGCCUCAGAGCUGCCACGCUGCGAGAAGCUGUCCACCUUGCGGGCAGCCAAGCUCGGCUUGGGAGACAGCCUCCAAACAUUGGCCACAGUUCUACCACAAUGCCCCAGCCUGCAAAGCUUGUGCUUGAAUGAGAAUCAGAUGGGAAGCGCCGCAGCCAGCCUCCUGGCAAGUACUUUGACUUCCUUCAUCGAGGAGCUGCAGCUCGAUGACAACGGUAUAGGUGACAUAGGGAUACGAGCAAUUGCUGGACGCUUCAGAGAUUCUGCACACCUGCGCCUGCUCUCGCUGAGCGAAAACUGCUUCGGCGACUCGGGUGCAGCAGCCUUGGCGCGAGCUCUACCAAGCUGUCCGGCCCUGCGCACCUUGAGAGUCAGCUUCAACCACAUCUCGCCACAGGCGUUGAACCGCCUGCGCCUGGCAGUUCCUGGGUUGAACCUGUCGGCCUUCGGGCAAUCCGCUCGGGCAAGAUGA